AACCACAUUACAACUAUGACAGAACUUUUCUUAAAAUAAUAAUAAAAAAUCCUUAAUUUUCUCAAAAAGCUUCUUCAAAUCUCCUAUAUAAACCCCCAUAUCUCCACCUUCAUAACCUUCUUUUGGCCCUUCAGGUUCUACUACUCCCUCUUUGCAAAGAUCUUUUUUGUGAAUACCUUCACUUCCUGUCUGGAUUUGGAUCUACUCAGGCAACUAUUGGUUUCUUACAAAGUUUCAAUGUUUGAUUCUUAGUUUCAAAGUUUCUUCAUGACAUCCUCUAUACGCACGCGUAGACUUCGGAUUAUGCACUCUUUCUCUGUAGUCUUUCUUCACUGGUUCUACAUGUUUUCAUGAACUAGCCUUCAUAAUCAUUGUCCCAUUCCAAUUUAUUUUAGAAUUUCCAUAGCCACACCAUCACUUUAGAAUUGCACAUAGUUUCCUAUUAUUUCACAUGGCUUCGGCUCAGCAACUGCCGAGUUCUGGUUCUGAUGCAAAGUUUGAAGAAAGGAAAAGGAAGAGAAUGGAAUCCAACCGUGAGUCGGCCAAGAGGUCACGGAUGAAGAAGCAGCAGCGUUUGGAGGAGUUGGUGAGCGAAACAACACAGCUGCAGAACCAGAACGGUGUAAUCCGUGAUAGGAUUGAUUCUGUAGAAAGGAAUUACCGGGCCAUGGAUGCGGAGAAUAAUGUGUUGAGGGCUCAACUUGCAGAAUUGACUGAGCGGUUGGAUUCACUGAACUCGAUGACCGUAUUUUGGGCUGAUAAUACUGGAUUUCCUGUUGAUAUUCCUGAAAUUCCCGAUACUUUGCUGGAGCCAUGGCAACUGCCUUUCCCAAUUCAACCUGUCACUGCUACUUCUGAUAUGUUCAAUUUUGAGCCUGCUGGUCUGAUGAUGAUUUAAGGAGUAUCUGUUAUUGAUAUUAAUGAUGUAGUGUUUGUUUCUGUCUAGUCAGGGUUGGCUACUAUUUAUAUGCGAAUAUCUAGUUUGUUGUUUGUACUAGUAAUUUGUCAAUGAUAUUUUGGUCUCUAGGUUUAUAUAUGCAUCUUGGAGUAAUUUGAAUGAUAUUGGCCUUUUGUUUCGGUGGAA